AAUUUCUUAGAGCCAUAAUCACUCCUAAUAUCCCAACAUCAACAUGCUUAUUCAUACAAAAUCGAAUUCUCAGACUCUUUCAAGCUCUAAGCCUGGUUUUGCCGAGUAACGCCGGUGUUUAUUUUGGAUAAAUUUUUUUUCUUUUUGUUAUUUCUACCGAGGCUCUUCUGUCCUCGAUCAACAAAUUUAUAAAGACGUUGAAAGUAGCAUUUCUACUAUCCUUUCUACACGAACCACUCCAGAUUACCGCUGACGUUACAACAAUAUUCACAAUGGGUUUGCUAGGUCCCUCCAAAGAGGAAGAAGAGGCGUUGAGAAACGCUCAAUCAUCACAAUUGAACCAAAACAACAACUUCCCAUCAUCUCAUUCGAUUGCUUCGUCGUCCAAUCUGACUACAACAACAACAACAGACUAUGAAAGUGCUCUGGAAAAUCCACUCUCAAGUGAUGCUGAAAGUCAAGCUGGUGCUGAUGAUGCCUCAAGUGUAUCAACUAUAAAACAAAAUGCUGCUCCUGCUCUUCAAGAUACCACAACAACAGGUGAAGCCACUGUUGAUGAUUUGGAUGGUGAAGAAGUUGCAUAUUCACCAAGAGUCAGCACUUCAGAUGAAGCCCCAGAGCCUAUCCAAUUGACUAAAACUCUAUCACAACAAUCAGUCGCUCGUUCUCAUCG